AUGGGCGUUUGCCAGGUUUGCGCUCAGCGGCCGCCGGUGGAUUCAGACAUGUUACCACAGUCCCGUGUUUGCGAAGAUCCGCCUGAUGCACCUGCUUCGCCUCGUCAGGAAAAACUCCGAGAAGCACCAUCGCUUCAGCGACCAAGGGCAGAGGCAAGCACUCCGCCUGUGCAAAGCCCUGGCUCGUUUCAGGUCAAAUCGGAAGCUGCUGUGGAAAGGCGGCGCAAUGAAGAGCAACGUGAACGCAGGCAAGACUAG